GAUAUAGUCAUCCAGUUUAGCAUGACCCCACACAUGAACGACUCGCUUCCUGCCUGUACGAGACCCGCUUCACCGCCUACGCCUACUGUGUCCCGCACAGACUGCACUACAAUCCUCGAUGGGUUGAUGUACGUCCCACCUACACCAACGAACACCGCUCUCCCACCCUCUGUUACUGGGUUAGGCAAUUCAUACGGAGUGCCCAGUAAACCAUUGUGCGCUGGGAUAUACUCUUUCAGUUUCUCUGUUUACGGCGGACCGGAUUCACGCUUUACAGUGGGCGUCUUCAGUAGCACGGACCGAUCCAGAAGGUGGUUUGAGGACUCGGUCGUGCUGAUGCUUCCUGUGGGAAUUUCAGGUGCUUGCGGCCACUUGAACGUUCCAGAGCACAACUCAGCAAAUUCUUGGGCCGUAGGCGCCUGGCAGGAAACAGGCGAUAAAGAUCUUAACAUCCAGUAUAGUAUGGCUCUACAAACGAACGACUCGCUUCCUGCCUGCACGACACCACCUACGCCUACUGUGUCCAGCACAUACUGCACUUCAGUCCUCGAGGAGCAGAUGUACAUCCCACCAAUGCCAACGAGCACCGCUUUGCCACCCACGACCAUGGAGUUCGGCAAUGCUUUCAUAUGGCCUGGUAAUCCUUUGUGCGCUGGGACGUACUCCUUCAGUUUCUUUGUUUUCUGGUAUCAACAGGGACCGGAUUCACGCGUUACAGUGGGCGUCUUCAGUAGCGUAGACGAUACCACGAAGUGGUGGCAGGACUCGGUCAUGCUGAUGCUUCCUGUGGGAAACUCAGGCGAAUGCGGCCACUUGAACUUUCCAGAGCAAAGAUCAGCAUUCUCUUGGGCCGUAGGUGCCUGGCAGGAAACGGGCUAUUCAAAUAUAGGCAUACAGUAUAGAUUGGCUCUACAGACGAACGACUCGCUUCCUGCCUGUACGAGACCCGUUUCUUCUGUGUCCAGCACAGACCUGACAUCCGUCUCAUCGCCUACGCCCUCUAUGUCCAGCACAGACCUAAAUGUGAGCGGACUCGGCGACUCAAAGCUGGCAGCGGUUUCCUGGUUUGACCAACCAGUUUCGAUUAGUAAGUCUGCACUAGUGGGCGGAGUAGUUGGCAUCGCCGUUGCUGGAGCAGCGAUCGCUUUACUUGCCGUAGCCCUCGUUCAGUUUGUAAAGACCAGACAUAGAAGAAAAGUGAACGUGGUGAAUCUGGAAAUGCCACCAGUGGAGCCAACGCCGAUUGAGUACGAUACAGGUCCCAAAGACAAUGUUGGGGGCGACGUUGCUGCCGAGCCACUGUCCGCGGCCCCAUCACCAGCUGAACAGCAGAAGAAUGAAUUGACGGAGGAGAAACUGGAGAAUGGGGAGGAGAUGGGAACGAGGGCCCCGGAAGUUACGGAGGCAGAGGCGCCUGCAAACACUGUAGAGAACCUUGAUUCAUCACACAUUGCGGAAGAGCCUUAAACCACAAAAAUUAUAUCUCGCCCAUUACUUCUUCCAAUUUGUUAUAUUCUUACGAAUCCUGGAAAUCCCA